AUGAUCCUCACCAACCUCCCCACUGCUAGUGGCUAUCGCUCGUCGUCGCCUGCAGAGCGUGUCUCUGGGUAUAUUGCUGGUCUCAAGUCGAGGUCGCCCGAUGACCUGAGUACGCAGUCAAUCAAGACAUCACUAAACGCGGACACGUCAAAUUCUGCUGGUCGUCCGAGGAAGGCAGCGGAGGCCAGAAGACAUACGCUCCAGCUCGCGGUGAUAGAUGCCUCUGCCUUCACAGUGUGUCGCAUAAAUACUGAACUACGAAGAAACUGCGAGGUUGAGACCGAGGACAACGGACCCGUCCACAAUGACUCCGAUGACAAAAGGAGCAUCCACGACGCGAGCAGCACCGAUCACGAGUGGGAGUUUUUCAACAGCCCCCUUACAGAACGGUGGAUCCCAGCGCACGGAAGGCUUGUGCCCGCCGUGUUGUCCCAUAACGAGGUCCACGGCCAUGCUGCUAGCCUUUUUGCUACCACGCACUUCGAGCCGACCACUCCUGUGUUCGAUCACACCCCUUGUCUACACCCCCGCCUCACCACAAUGCCCUCCAAUCAUAUCAUUAUUUUUGACUUCGACUACGAAGGAACCCUACGACGCCUCCCCAAUUCGGACGGAGCAACCAUUGAUCCGAGGUUGCUGCUCGAACAAGAGGGCAGCAGCGGCGACGGGAGUAACUGCGGCGACGAGAGUGACAGUGGCGACGAGACAGACAGCUGGCAGACAGAGAGCGACAGCGAGACGGAGAGCGACGGCGAGAUGGAUGAAUACAUCGAGCCUCAGGAUCAUUUGGACGAGGGCGACCUUCCGGCGUCCGCACUCGCACCCCCGCCACCUACCGCCGACGCUCCCAGGCGACCUGAUCGCUUAGCAUCAAUGCCAACACCUGCGCCCCAGCCGCCUGCAGCGCAGCAGGCGGGUGUCAAGCGGGCAAUGGGCCCCGCCGCGCAAGCAGGCGCGGACAUGCCCAUCGAAGCGAAGGCGGAGGAGACGGCGCCGACAGCACAGGCGGCCGUGAAGGAGAAUGAGUCGGUGGGGCGGGAGCGGGAAGCCCCCAAGUGGGAGACGGAUCCCGAACUCACAGUAGUCGCAAAGGAUGACCCGGGCAUCAUCUGGACGGAUGUCUGCUCUCCUUCAACGAUGGCGACCUCAAGCAUUUCCCGGCGGCCACAAUUAGAUCCACUUACAUGGUCUGGGUCCUCUGCGGAGAACGACAAACAGAGGCGCACCUGCAAAUUCUGCGACAAACCGCUGAACGAUGAACCAGGCAUUCGUACAAGACAUGUACAGAGCCGGGGACACCAGACGCGCCUGCCUGCCGAGAUGCACCGCAAGCUGACGUUGAAAUGUGACCGUUGUGGCCUGGUGUCACGGUCCAAAAUGCAGAGAUGGAUCUGCCGAUCCCUGACCUUCCUGAAGUCAAAAAUCCAAAAUGUGGAAAGUGAGCCGACCAAAGAGUCAGAGGUCAUCGACCUCACCCAAGAGAACGAUAGCGAUUCGUUCGAUCAAGACGAAGAGUUCAUGCUAAUGGACGUACCUGAGCCAGCUGAACAAUGACCACAGCCCCGCUAGCUGGCCUCCGCGCUUGUCACGCCGCCCAACUAGAGGCAGGCGAGACGGAUCUGUAAUCACAAGACAUAUUACGGCGAACAACGUUUGCGACUCGGCCACAUAUCAAAGUCGGAGUUCAUGGCGCCACAUAAGCACAGAGCCCGAACAGUUGUCUUCGGAGGGCAUGAUGUGGAGAUACGGUGAUGUGAUAUAAUCGAUGAUUUAUUCCACCAAGGAAGCACCCGUCCACCUGUGAGCUCGCCGAAGCAUCACAACGUAGCGUUAUGUGGUAUACACCGGCUGCUACUCGACGAGAUAAGGGGUGGAGUCGUCGCUCAGGAAGGCUGCAGCCCGAGUGGUCAGCGUGUUUCGAUCAUGAUAUCGACGCACAGCCGACGUACUCUGUCCAGUCAGUAACAC